ACGGCGACGGCUCCAUUUUCCAGCCGCUCCACGCCCCGUUUGUUUUCCUUUUUUCAUUUCUUCCUGACUGCCUGGAAGACGGGACAGGGUAGGCUCGUCCUCUUCAGUGGCGCCAUGUACCUCCUGCUGGUUCCUCUGCUGCUCACUCCAGUCCAAAUGCUCAAUCUUCCAGGGAAGGAAAGGCCAACGGCAAUGGGAUUCAGGGAGGUGCUAGACAAGAGCUUUUGUCGACCGAUCGAGCAGCAUGUGAACGUGGAGACGGAGUUCCCUGGCGGCGUGGAGGAUUUCUACAUACCUCAUUGCGUCUCACUGUUCCGCUGCUCGGGCUGCUGCAUUGAUGAGACUCGGGAGUGCUACCCUGUCGUUGAACGCAACAUCACCUUGGAGGUGAGGAGCGACCACGGGCGCUUUCAAACACAGUCGAUUGCACGAAACGUUCACUUCCCUGCCCUCCCUCCUGUCUGCAGGCUGAAAGAGUAUCAGAAUAACACAAGCAAGGAGGACUCUCUCAGGGACAGACCUCGAAGGAGGAAGCACAGGAGGAGAAGAUGCGAAAAGUGCCAGUUCUCUCACUAGAAGAUACAUCUUCAUUGACAGAAACGUCAUUUGGGAUCAAUAUUUUCAUCCUCUGUACAUAGAUAACUUCCUGCAUUCAUCCCACCAGAGGCCAGUUCUUCUUCUGCAAGCUUCUCUUCAUUAUUUAUCAAAGAAAAAGGAUCAGCCUUUGAUCCUGGUUGCUGCUUGUUUUGGACCAAAGUCAACUCAGUCUUUCACAUCUAGAUCUUCUCAUGUGACGUUUGGACGAUGUACGUAAACUACGGAACACAGAAGACGUUUAUUUAAGCUUUUUUAUAUACAUAUUUUUUAUCAGUUGUUAACACAAAGACAAUGAAUAAUGUACAAUAGGCAAGGCAUAUGUGUGUAUUUUUAAGGAUUUAUUUAAUUAAAUAAUGAGUUCAGUGAAUAAAAAUAUAUGUAAACAGCA